AUGCAUGACCGCCGUAGAACUUGGGUGAAAAACACCGACCCGAACCGAUUUUAUUCGGGUCUGUUCGGGUUUAAAAUUACCGAUUACGUUAAAAUUAUUUCUUCGCCUGCGACUCUGCUUCAUUUCCUCGUCUUCGACUCUUCUUCACCUCUUCGUCUGCAGACUCGGCAUCAUUUCUUCGUCUUCAUCACUUCGCCACUCCAUCGUCUUCAUCACUUGAGUUUCUGGGAGUUGGGUGUGUUUACCUAUUGUUUUUGCCUUCCUUUUCGGCCUUUUCUGUGUUUACCUAACUAUAUCGGCCUUCGAUUACAGCUUCCUCAAGCUUUCUCAAGCUUCCUCGUAACCUUCAAGAUCUUCAGAUUCUCAGUGAAACCUUGGAAGAGAGAGAUGGCAGCAGCUUCAUUUAGGUGGAUACUUCAAUUACACAAGGACGUCCCUAAAGCGGCAAGAUUCUACUCUGAAGGCUUGGACUUCACUGUUAAUGUCUGCACUCUCCGUUGGGCGGAGCUUCAAUCUGGGCCUCUCAAGUUGGCUCUCAUGCAAUCCAAUGACCAUAUUGUCCAGCAAAAGGGUUAUUCUUCACUGCUAUCGUUCACGGUGACAGAUAUUAACAGCACAGUGACCAAAUUAAUGGCAAUGGGAGCUGAACUAGAUGGUUCCAUUAAGUAUGAAAUACACGGAAAGGUUGCGUCCAUGCGAUGUAUUGAUGGCCAUAUGUUGGGCCUUUAUGAACCAGCAUAAGAGCUCGGAAUCAACUUUCAUGACUACUUGCAACAUACGGUGGCAGCAGUGUGCUUAUGGUUUCUUUAACUCCACCAAAGGCAUGGAGAAGACAUGGGAUAUCACAUUUUUCUUUGGAUUUCCUUGAAUAAUUGAUAGAGUUUGUUCGUCCAGGUCAAUUAGGGCAGUACACAGUGUGUAAAGCAUAGGGCCUGAAAACAUUAAGAAAAUUCUCAAAUGUAGAAUUGAAAGGACGGACAUAUUUAAUUCAUCUUAAUAUUUACCUGUCAUAUAGAUAGGAUAUUUCUUGUUAUCCAUAUCUCCUAGAACCGACAGGAAAUCAUUUUUUGAUUCUUUUGGCAGGUCAUCUGCUCGUUUCUGCCUGCUUAUGGAGUUUGGAUCUUGUACCUGUGUUUCAAAAAAAUUAAAUUUGACUUCAAAACCUUAUCAUA